UCGUCCUAGUGGCCGGGGAAGGACAAAGCGGUAAGUCUGUGACCUGAAGCCCUCCGGAGGCAGGACGGCCAGACCUCACGGACCACCCGGCUCCCUGCGUAGGGACACAGUAAGGACUGUCUCCAUUUUGCACAGGGCACUUGACCUACCCGGUCAGGGUGUCACAGCCCUACUAGGCUUCCUGUCCCUCCAUGGGUGCGGUCAUUAGACAGGGGCAGUGUCCACUCACCCAGGCCCCAGGGCCAGCACGUGGCGGUAAUGAGAGUGUGGUCAGCGUGGAACCUCAGCUCACCCUCAUGCCUCCCUCCCUUCUCCUCCCCUCCAACUCUGCUUCUGGUUCUCCACCUUAGGGACUCUGCUGGGGACUCCAAAGACCAGGACGCAGCGCAGGCCCUCUUCCACCAGGGGCUUCAGCAUCUCUUCCAGCCGGUUCACACCAUAUCUGCAUGGGGGUGGGGCGGAGGGCCCGAAAUGAGCUCUUCCAGAUUCCUGCCUCUGCUGCUUUCUGGCCAGUGCACCUCCGAUGUGGUUCACCAAGGCCUGCCGGUCUACGACGAGGGACCCAAGCGGAGAAGACUCAGGGCCAGGUGAGCAGAGGGCUGGAAAGCUGUGCGAUUGGCUUUUGUCCUAAACCAGUUGUAGCUAUGGACUUGCCAGAUGAGAGCCAGUGGGAUGAAACCACCUGCAGGUUGGCUGUUUGUCAGCAUCCACAGUGCUGGGCAACGAUCCGCCGGGUUGAGAGGGGCCACCCUCGAAUCCUGGGCCCUCCCUGCAAAACAGCUCUGAAUAAUGAAGACAAAUCCCCAGUGCUCACCAUUGUAAACAUCUCAGAUUCCUGCUUCCGGGCCAAGAGACUUGCUCACGGUCAUUUAUCAGGAUUUACCUUCACCAAAGCUCCCUCUUUAUUGUGUCAAGGUUCAAAGUUUGACUCCAAAUUUCAAGGCAGGCCUCGGAAGGAUCUACCUGACAAAGAUUUCACCCCCUAUACUGACAAGUCUCCUAAGCUUUCAGUGCUGAAUCUGAAUGAGACACGACUUCCCAGCUCUCAAGAUGUUAGAAAUAUGGUUGUCGUCUGGAUCCCAGAACAACCAGAGAAGCGUGCGAGACCAGCUGAGAAGAAGCGCAUUGUCUCCAGCCAGGAUGGCAGAAUGAACUGUGUAGCUAAAGACCAUUUUCUCUACAGAAAGCAGAAAACGGAAACACAGCUGGGACCUCCAAGGAUGAAUGUGCCUCCCCCCUUGCCAGUACACAUUUUUGAGCAACUAACUUCAGAGUCCAUACCUUUCUGGAACCAAUUUGACUUGGAACCAUUACCUCAGGAUCUGUUGAAGAACCUUUUGCCUGAUGAAGGGAAAGCCAGGCCUUCUCUGGAGAUGAAGACGCAAUUGGCCAUGAUGAAGAAGAAACUUGCCCUGGAGAAGAGCCGACCUGACAGUGCCAUUUCUGCAAAGAUGUUUUUAUCUGUGCACCGCCUCGCCCUGCAGAGACCAGCAUUGAGAUAUCCUGAACAUUUGAAGAAAUUGUGUUCUAACCUGAACACAGAAGGUAGAUUUUCUGGUGCUGUCAGAUCUUCAGGUCACAAGCAGCAGCAGCAGCAGCAGAAGCAGCAGCAGCAGCAGCAGCAGAGGCUGGUGAAAACACCACCUAAGAGACAGGAGGCUAAAAAGAAACCCAAGAGCGAUCCAGGGAGCCCGAACAUUUUGCAUAAACGUUCAGGUGGUGCCAUGGUUUAUGGCCCACGCCAUGGUCACAGAACUCUGUUGGGUUGGAAAAGUGACCAAAAGCAGCCACAGUGGAUGAAGUUAGAAGGACUCACCUUGAAGCAGGAUUCCACAGAGAGACCACAGAUGAAGAAUUAUCUGGAUUCCUUCCCCAGUAAGGAUGAUCCUGAAUUAUCUCAGACCAAACCCUCUAACAAGGACAUCAGCACUCAGGAGGACGCUGUGCUGGAAUCCCAAGAGAGGAGCCCAGAGGACCUUUCAGAUGGUACAUCUAGAACAAGGUGGAACCCUGAGCUCAAACUACUGAGGAUUCUUCAGGCCACUGACGAUGAGGAUGAGGAGAACUAGCUCUCCAGGUCAGAGAGUGGAGAGUAUUUCAAGACUCUGCAGGGCAGUCUUACUCCAGAGCAGAAUGCUUGGAAUCCUGAGGACGGUGACCUUGGACAUAAGGGCAGAAAGCAGAGGGGACUUCUGCUCCCUGGAGGCUUUACCAGGGCCUGACCAUAGAGAUUCUGCUUUUUUCGUUCAUUUCUCCUUGCCUCUAAAAUAAUUGAGGAGAAAAAGCCUCAUCCUUUUUAAACUUAGAUUGUUUCUCUUUCAUUAGGAACAGAAUAAUUUUAGUGAUUAAACACAACUGCUGCUUAAGCAAAA